CACGGGGCGGGCCUGUCAGUCUCAACCACUUCGUGGAGUGUACUUUUUAUUCUGUCCUCGAGCACGCAGCCACUCUUGAUUAUUGCCUGUUUUCAUGUACAUGAUUGAGAAUUUGUGACUCGCCCGAUGCUGAUCAAAGACUGUUCGACCGCGUGCUCUUAUCAACUAUUUGAUGAUAAUUGUUCAAGCAGCAUCGUGAGUGAGGAUUGUUGUUGUUGUUGAUCGAUCUCCGGUUUGCCGGCUGUCAAAGUCAGUAUUGGAAAACAAAAAUCGUGAGAAAAAGGGGUAAGGGGUAAUUUUGUAAGUCCUUGGUGUAAGUGGUGGUGUUGAAAAGAAGUGGUGGAAGAGACGAAAAAGACAGGUGUGCAACGAAAGAGGGUUGUCAUGGGGCGAACCUGUCGUCUUCUGCUACUUUUGCCCCUGUACUUGCUGACUAUAUUCGGCUUUCUUACAACGGCUAAUGCUUACUCUACUGACAACAUGCCUUGUCCUUUAAGGCAAUUUCGAUGUGCGAACGGUUUAUGUAUACCAAACUUGUGGGUCUGCGACUUAACGGAUGACUGCGAAGACAAUUCCGAUGAAACCGCCGAGGAAUGUAAUGGUACGCAGAAGUGCACCGAUUCCGAGUUCAAGUGCACGAACGGCAGGUGCAUACCCGGAACGUGGCACUGCGAUGGCGACGUAGACUGCCACGAUGGGUCGGAUGAGGAUCCAACACUUUGCAGAACGAAGAAUUGCACCGCAGAACAGUUCACGUGUCACUCUGGGAACGGAGAGUGCGUGGCACUUACAUGGAUGUGCGACGACAAUAAAGACUGUUCGGACGGUUCAGACGAGGCUGAGUGCAAUGACACCUGUCGAUCCGACGAAUUCACAUGUGCAAAUAAACAUUGCAUUCAACAAUUAUGGGUGUGCGACAAUGACGACGAUUGCGGGGAUGGCAGCGACGAAAAGGAUUGCAAACCGAUCACCUGUCCUCUUGGAACCGAUUUUGCCUGUUCGCAAAAUUAUUGCAUAACUUCUAAAUGGAGGUGCGACGGUGACUUUGAUUGUCCUGAUCAUUUAGACGAAAUUGGUUGUAAGGAAUAUGCAAACGGAAAACGUCCCAGUCAUUGCAGUAAAAAGGAGUUUGACUGUGAUGAUGAUUUAACUUGUAUACAUCAAAAUUGGGUUUGCGAUGGUGACAAGGAUUGCCCUAACGGUGCAGAUGAAUCACCACAGAGGUGUCACAAUGUUACAUGCAGACCUGAUCAGUUUCAAUGCGAAGAUCAUCAUAAUUGCAUAUCAGGUCAUUUGUAUUGUAACGGGAAACCAGAAUGCGCGGAUGGCAGCGACGAGAAAAAUUGCACGAGCAAAACUGUGACCUGCGAUCCAUUGACUCAGUUCGAAUGCAGCGAAGGUUCCUGUAUCCCGAUUUAUAAUGUAUGCAAUAAAAAUCGUGAUUGCAUCGGUUGGGAGGAUGAGAAUACGGAGCUUUGUGGUGUAAACGAAUGCCUGAAAAACAACGGCGGAUGUUCGCAAAUUUGCAUCGAUUUACCCAUUGGUUUCCUAUGUAACUGCAGUGCAGGAUACAGAUUGGUGGAUAACCGAACCUGUGAUGACAUAGACGAAUGUCUAGAACCAGGUAGCUGUUCUCAGUUCUGUUUGAACGAAAAGGGUAGUUUCAAGUGCAGCUGUGCUCCAGGUUACCUGAAAGACCCUAGAGAUCAUACUCGUUGCAAAGCAGCCGAAGGUCAUGCCAGUUUGCUCUUCACCAGAAGGCACGACAUCAGGAAAGUAGCUUUGGAUCGUUUGGAGAUGACGGAUAUAGUGAAGAACACAAAAAUGGCUGCUGCGUUAGAUUUUGUUUUCCGUACGGGCAUGAUCUUCUGGAGCGACACUAGUGAGAAAAAAAUUUAUAAAGCUCCGAUAGACGAAGGCAAUGAACGUACAGUUGUCAUUGACGAUGGUCUAACAACAUCAGAUGGGCUGGCAGUUGACUGGAUAUACAGUCACAUUUACUGGACCGAUUCCAGAAAGAGUACCAUAGAAUUAGCUAAUUUCGAGGGAAAUAUGAGAAAGACUCUUAUACGAGAUCGUAUACAGGAACCCAGAGCAAUAGCUUUGAAUCCAUUAGAAGGUUGGAUGUUCUGGACUGAUUGGAGUGGCGAGGCUCAUAUUGAGAAGGCUGGCAUGGACGGUUCUCAUCGAAUGGUCAUUGUUGAUAAUGAUGUGAAGUGGCCAAAUGGACUGACUCUGGAUUUGAUAGGCAAGAAGGUAUACUGGGUAGAUGCGAAAUUGAAUAUAAUUGGAUCCUGUAAUUAUGAUGGUUCUGGUAGACGAACGGUUCUUUAUUCCACUGAAGUAUUGAGGCAUCCAUUCAGUAUUACAACAUUUGAGGAUUACGUGUACUGGACCGACUGGGACAAAGAAACGAUAUUUAAAGCGAAUAAAUUUACUGGAAAAUCCGUGGUAUCUGUCACGUCGCUUCGAACUCUUCAGCAUCCAAUGGUCGUUCACGUGUACCAUCCAUAUAGGCAACCAGAUGGAAUGAACCAGUGUCAAGCAGUGAAUGGACACUGCAGUCAUUUAUGUUUACCCGCGCCAAGAAUUAAUUCUAAAUCUCCUCUUCUUAGUUGCGCCUGUCCAGACGGUUUAAGACUGUUACCUGAUGGUUUAAUGUGCGUGGAAAAAGUAAGUACAACUGUAACACCUACAACGCAAGAAAUUAGUAAACCAUUCAAGAGACUUGAACCACUCAACGUUACCACUACAACUAUUCAUCCAGCACAUUCAGCGGAUGGAGAAGGAAAGGAUGGUCUUGCAUCUCAGUCGACAGGUCCUGGCUUAGUUGCUGGUAUAGUGAUAGGCGUGGCGUCCUUAGGAUUGUUACUCCUUGCAUUCGUAGCAGUAUUAUGCUAUAGGCAUUAUCUUCAUCGUAAUGUAACGAGUAUGAAUUUCGAUAAUCCUGUGUACAGAAAAACUACAGAAGAUCAAUUUAGUCUUGAGAAAAAUAGGUUUCCACUCCCCACUGCUACAGUUGGAGAAGAGGCUCAGGAACCCUUAACGAGUCCUGGAACUAACGAUUAUGUUUAAGACUCAAUCUGUCAAUGAAACGGGCAACGAAGCAGGCUAUUGAAACAAUGUCGACCAAGUAACGAAAUCAUGUAUAAAAAAAAAGAAGAUGAAACCCAUACACGUCGAACAAGCCUGUCCAAUAAUAUGCCUGCGUUUGCCCGCCUGCCUGCCAACUCAGCUGUGAUUAUGUUUACUUUUUCUUUUGUACCGUGUCUCUUUAUUUACAAAUUUAUGCAUCUCGUCAUACAAAUAUAUUAUACCUAUGUGCAACAUUUAGAUUUGCUCAAAGGCAUAAAGGGAGAAAUAUCUAGGUGAACUAUAAUAUCGUUGCCAAAUAAGCGUUGAAGCGUCGGUUUUUUCGAGUAGUUUAAUAAGGUAUAAUUCCUAUUUUAUAAUGUUUUUUUCUCUUUUCUUUACUUACAUAGCAUGUAAUAUAUAUAUUACAUACAUACAUACAUACAUACAUAUAUAUAUAUAGUAGUAUUUAUCGUUCUACGUGGGGUCACGACACAAUCUAUGUUUAAUUCAUAUACAUAUAUGUAUAUAUAUGUAUAUUAUAAAGAGAGAAUAUUUUUUAUCUACACGUAAGGUUUUUAACUUGUUAUCGUUUCGCUAUUUAUUCUGUAAGAAAUAUAAUUCUUUUUGAUUAUAAUCUUCAGUUACAUAUUAUUAUAUCAUCGAAAUCACAUGUAUAUAACACACGAAUUCAAAAUAUAUCAUAGAAAUAAUUUUACAAUGAAUUAUUAACAAAUGUUUUGCGAAUUUGUUAAAUUACUUAUAAUAACUGUUUUAAUCGUAACAUUGUGAAAUACUUUAGACUGCCAAAAUGGAAUGUUUUAGAAAUUUAUUAAUACUCUGUAGUAAUAGGAAUUCGUUCCUAAAAUAUGAUUGUCAAUUUGCUUUCAAUAUCUUCUAGAUUUAUGAAUAGCAAUAUUUAAUCCCAGUAAUGCAGCUGAAAGCAGUUGCGUUUGAAGCAUGUAAAUGUUUAACUUGUGUUUUGUACAUUGAAAGUAAAUUUCUCCUUUUAUGUCAUUUAUAAGAAUACACAUAACAAGCAGUGUUUUCUCGCACGUUCACAGAAUUUUUUAAUAGUCAUCUCACAUAGGUGGCCCGUAUCAUAGUGAAAUCACUUCUCCCAUAGAUACAUUUUGUUUAAACAUUACGAUUGUAACGAAAUAGAUUUCAAAAACCGACUAGAUGUACUAAGAUCAGCUCAAUGACACUAAGAGUGACUGUGUGUCUGUUAAAAGUAAAACUGUUGUUUAGGUAUUUCAACCUCUUAAGAAAAAGAUCAGUGUAUGUGUAUAGAAUUACUGCCUCGGAUUUAAGAGUUUUACUUAUUACAUAUACUUUAUGAUUAAUGAAUUAAAUAAUUCAAUGUGAGACAGAUUCUUCUAGAUAAGAUUAUUAAGAAAUAUAAUAUUAGGACAAGCUAGAUGCCGUGUAUAUUAAUAAGUAGCAAAAGUAUAUGUAACAAAUUUUAAUUUAGAUAACUUCAGUUUCUAGAGUAAUGAAAUUAUUUAUAUGGAAAUUAUGUUUCAUUCAAAAAUUGCGUUAAAAAAAAAUGGAAUGAAUUACUGUUGAUUAUAGAAACAAUUUGUCGUUAACAAAAACAUAUUAUUUAUUAUAGAUAUGUACAGUUUGUUUUUCAAAUAUUUCAUUAUACAUUGUACAUACAUUUUUAUAUUAUUAGUUUGUUAAAUGAUGGCUUUUAUAAACUGGUAAAUGGAAAGGUUUGCUACUUUUUAAUAAGACACACAUUCUUACUGAUGAGUGAAAGAAAAGCAAAGUCCAAAAUUAAAAUAUAGAGGCUCGGUGGUGAUUUUAAUCAAAAGAUAGCAAGAGUGUGGUGAGUAUCAGUUGCAAUUAAUUGUGUGAGUCACAAGGCAUAAACUUAGCCAAUCUGUUCGCCAAAAUCGUGUCAAACAUUAUUUCUAUGCAAUAUAUAUUAUCACUACACAUGCAUAAUAUAAAUAUAUAUAUUAUAUAUAUAAUUUAUUAUAAUGAUUAUUGUAUAAAUAAACAUAUAAAAUAAAUCACA